UUCACUUGAAGCUCAUUGUCACCAUGUUCAAAAUUUACCAUUUUAUGUUUCUCGUGUUUGGGGGGUUGGCCAUGGUGCGAGGUUCGCCCAUAGCAGAUGCCUCCAAUGAGAACAAGCUGACGGUAAAAAUCGAUGGUCUGGGUGCCAUCAGAGGGAAAAGUAUGAAAACUGCUGAAACAAUUGUUAGCCCUGGAAGGAACGUUGUGAGCUUCACAGGGAUACCGUAUGGCACCAUCCCCAAGCGGUUUUCACCCGCCGAGUUGAGGGUCCCCUUGACGCCCUCGACUGAAGACGUGUUUGACGCAACGCAACCUCAGCUGGCGUGUUGGCAGGUGGCAAGCCCUCUCGUUCCUGGACCGUUUACAGAAGAUUGUUUAUCCCUUAACAUUUAUACGCCAAAGGUUUCACAUGGAAAUGGUCAGCCGACUUUACCAGUCAUAUUCUUUAUUCAUGGCGGGUCAUUCGUUCGCUGGUCCGGAAAUAUGUUUGAUGGGCGUCGCCUAUUAAAUAAAGAUGUCGUCGUUGUGACCAUCAAUUAUCGAUUGAACAUUUUCGGCUUUUUCUGUUUGGAAAAUGACCAGGGGCCAGGAAAUUUGGGAUUGUAUGAUCAAGUGCUUGCCCUCAACUGGGUAAAAAAAUACAUCGAGCAUUUUGGUGGAGAUCCAAACAAGAUCACGAUUGCUGGGCAGAGCGCAGGGGGUGCAUCAGUCACGUUUCUUUUAGACAGUCCAAUGACUUCAAACAAUGGCUUGUAUCACGCAGCUAUCACCUCAAGCGGUGAUGACCUAGCUGGUUGGACAAUUCAGGCAAAGCCACGGAAUGUGAGUUUAGAAGCUGCCGCAGUGAUUGGAAAAUGUUACAAUAAAGAUACAGCAAGCAAUGACGAUGAGACCCUUCAAUGCUUAAGAGGCAUUCCACCCGCAGACCUUAUUUGGUUUAAUUCCACCUUUAAUGGUUUUGCUGCACCGUCUGUCCAAAGCUUUUCCUUAUCCAUCCCAAAAGUAACCCCUGUGAGUCCGUACGUAGCUCUAGCGACGAAUGGGGCACAGUCGCAAGUACCUUUGAUGAUUGGAUCAAACAAGAAUGACGGUUCGAUAUUUUUGUCCAGAAUCUAUUCCUCCUUUCUUCUCCCCAAUGGAUUGGCCAAUAAUGCAACCUACUUAAAAACGCAGUUUGUCUCAGACUUACUCAGCUCCACAAAUUUUGGAAUUGUUGACCGUCCCCUGGGGAUCCUUGACACUGUGGUCAAUACUUACUUGGGUAGCUCAAAAAAUACUGGAGUGUUCAGUGACAUCGCUCCCGGUCUUGUUGAUAUCUUCAGCGUGUUUUAUUUUAAAUCUGCUGUUUUUGCGACUGCCAAAGGACACUCCAAGUUCGCCGAUACCUAUGUCUACUCCUUCGACUACGAAGGAGUACAAACGCUGUAUCCCUACACUGGAGGAGUCCCACAAGUUCCACGCGGAGUUGCUCACAUCGAUGAUCUAAUGUACUUGUUCUUCUUUGGAGAUUUCACGUCAUUACAGGAUAAGCUCAUGUCAACGAUGAUGGUGGACUUUUGGACUAAUUUUGCAACUACUAAGAAUCCUAAUGGGAAAUCACCACUCGUAAAAAAAUGGCCAAAGUUCACCGUGGACGGUGGAGAGUUUUUUAAAAUAAACACAAUUCCAUCCGUCGGAUCCGAUUAUGUUAACUACUGGGUGGAUGCUACUGAUUAGAUCGAUUAGUUUCUGAGGAAUUAACAUUUAAUCAAGUGUUUUUCUCAUUAAUUAAAAAAAUAAAUUCUUGCAACAGUAUUUUUUUACUUGCUAUA